CCAGCUGGUUUAGACGGACUCUGUAUAGACACUACUCUCUGCAACGCUCUGCAUCUUGUUGCUCCACACGUCGAUCGCAUCCAAGUUCGCUCAGAUGGCCAUUGGCGCAUCCCACCAGCUCUCGACACGCUUGAUUUGCCGCUCCACCUCGAUCGUUGGAUGCCAGUAUUUGGUCCUCUCACUGAGAUGGUCACUCGCGCUCUACUAACCACUAAGUCAUCAUUGUCGAUACAUUCAUCAUCAUCAUCGAGUAACGGCGUCUUUCAGGCUUGCCAAUAUUCAGGUACGCUGUCUGUCUCUUCAUCCCAAUCACCUUUGCAAAUUUCCCCAUCGGCAUCUCAGUCAUUGGCUCAGUUAGGACCGAUGCAACCUCUGCCAAACCUCGCUUCUGCAGGAGCUUUGGCACAUGCAGGGCACCAACAAACUCAAUCAGUGGUCGCACCACCCUUAAACUCAGUAGCAGGACCACCACAACCUGCAGCAGGACCAGGGCAAUUAAGAGCUGGAGUCGCCUGGACAGGAAACCUAUCGGGAAUUAGAACGCCUAUUCAACAACAACAGCAAACGUCACAUUCCAUUCCGCAUUCGUACGCUCCUAUGCCACCGGGAUCAGUUGGUUCCCAUCAACUGCCGUAUCCUCCUUCAUCUUUACAGUCUGGGCAACCCACUCAUCCUCCACCACCAAGCAGUACUGCUUAUCGCCGGCAACAAUCGCCUAUGCCACCGCCCGUUCUUUCAACUAAUUCGGGAAUUAUGUGUUCUGGCCAGAGCACUCGUCUAACUUCGCCGUCUCCACCAUACUCAUUGGUUUCUCCGGUUUCUGGGCCUCAACCAGCUUUGGACGGCUUUGUGUCUGUGACUUAUCCAGCCUCCUCAGCCACCACUUCCUCCGUCAGUUCCGCAUCUAUUAUGACGACGGCUGGAACGCCAAUCUACUCUGUCCAAGGGCAGUUGAUACCACCAUGGCAACAACAGCAACCCACUGCGAUUACUCAGUUAGUGGAUAACUUUGUCUCUGGUCCGGCUAAUUGGCAAACUCUCUCACGACCUUCAUCUCAGCCUGGCAAGUGCUAA